CCCGGAAGUUGGUUGUGCGACCGACAAAUGGCAGCCGCCGGUAACUCGAACACACCGAUGUGUCCAUGGGUUAAAACUAGAAACACAAACAAUUGUACCCCUCUUAGAGCUCUGCCAGCUGUCUUGCUGGUAAACAACUUUACUUAAUUGCAAUUUCCAAGACGCUGGAGAGUUUAGCCUACAGCUAAGUUAGUUAGUGCAUGCUUUUUUUUGCGAUGGAUCUGUUGGAGCCUCCUACGCCGGUGAAGGAUAAUGCUUCCUCUCCUUCGGAGUCCAAAGCCAAGAACUGCGAUCUGACCCCAGCAAUGAGAGCCAAGAUCGAACGAAACAGACAGCGGGCUCUGAUGCUGAGGCAAGCCCGACUGGCCAGCAGACCAUCGGCAGGGGAAGGGGGUGGAACCUCGGCUAAAGUCGCUAAAAUAGUCGACUCUGGAGGAGGUUUCUUCAUUGAUGAAGAAGAGGAGGGACAGGAGGAGCAAAGGACAAAGGAAGUGGUGCAUCAACCAGCCCCGGUGAUGGAGGCAGACUAUCUGCUGUGUGAUGACUGUGACAAGCCGUUUAUGGAUUCCUACCUUAGCAACGGCUUCGAUCUGGCAGUCUGUGACAACUGCAGAGACAACGAGGUGAAACACAAGCUGAUAUCCCGUACGGAGGCUAAGCAGCUCUACCUACUGAAGGACUGUGACCUGGACCAGAGGGAGCCAGUGCUGAGGUUUGUCCUGAGGAAGAACCCACACAACCCUCAUUGGGGAGACAUGAAACUCUACCUCAAGCUGCAGGUGGAGAAGCGCUCCUUAGAGGUGUGGGGCUCUGAGGAGGCCCUGGAGGAGGCCAAGGAGGCCAGAGAGGAGAACAGGGAGGUGCAGAAGCAGAAGCGCUUCAACAAAAAGGUUAAAGAGCUCCGCCGUGCAGUGAGGAGCAGCGUGUGGACAAAGGACACCAGCGCUCACCAGCACGAGUACGGCCCUGAGGAGAUAGUGGAUGAAGAGGAGGAUCUCUACAGGAAGGUCUGUAACACCUGUGGACACGAACUGACCUAUGAGAAGAUGUAGCCUAGUGUCGUUUAAACCGUAUCCCGGAGGCUCACAGCCUUGAGUUAUUUGUUUGUUGUGGACCACUGGUGAUACACCUGACAUGUCAACUGAGAUUCAAAUGACCGAUACUUCAAGACGCACGGAGGCCUACCUGAAAUCAUCUCAGCACGUGUCAUACACAAAGAAUCCACAAGAGGGCAUAAAUACAUCAACACAUUUUUUUUGUUUUACAGAGAAAUGUUGUCCUGCUCAGUCUGGUCAUAUGUUAUAUUAUCAACUGUCUAGCAUGUUAACUUCCAUUUUGUAAUGUAAUGUGUAGAAGGAUCUGCAUGUGCAAAAUAAAUAUAUUUUUCCAUAAUGUGA